CACCAGUGGCAAACCUCCAGCUAGGGAGCGCUGCAGCUGGGAGCCGGGCAGCAUUAUGGCGACCAUAAGGACGAGGAAGUUCAUGUCUAACCGCCUGCUGGGGCGCAAACAGUUCGUGCUGGACGUGCUUCACCCCGGCCGCGCCAAUGUCAGCAAGACCGAGCUGCGCGAGAAGCUGACCAAGAUGUACGACGUCAAGGACCUGAACUGCGUCUUUGUGUUUGGCAUGCGGACCCAGUUUGGCGGCGGCAAGAGCUCCGGCUUCGGCCUGAUCUAUGACAACGUGGAGGUGGCCAAGAAGUUUGAGCCAAAGUACAGGCUUGUGCGGAACGGCCUUGCGGAGGCGACCCAGAAGUCUCGCAAGCAGAUCAAGGAGCGCAAGAACCGCACCAAGUCGCUGCGUGGUGUCAAGAAGAACUCUGGAGGCAAGAAGUAAACCAUGCUGUGCAUUCUUCUGUAACACGCCUCUCGC